GAAGAGCCACGUCGGCCUGCCUUUCCGUGUUGGAUUUUCCAAAACAGCUCUUCGGUUUUUGGUGCUGUAGGAGACCUUGCUUUUCAGUCACACGGGAGAACACUGAAGCUUGUAAGAGGAGAAUCUGGCAGCUGGACACAGCUUGGACUGCAUUGUCUGUCUUCAUGACCUCUGCUGUGUAGCAGCUCAUCUCUCCACUCUCACACGUACACUCUCCUCGAUUUUUCUUCCUUCCUUUUUUUCCUUUCUUCUAAUCUUUUAAAAGCAGCCUCUGGAGCCAGCCAUGUUUGGCACUGAAUCUUCAUUGAGCAUGUUUUUGAACACAUUAACACCGAAGUUCUACGUGGCCCUGACAGGCACUUCCUCACUAAUAUCAGGGCUUAUUUUGAUAUUUGAAUGGUGGUAUUUUCGCAAAUAUGGAACAUCAUUCAUUGAACAAGUCUCAGUAAGCCACUUGCGCCCCCUUCUGGGAGGGGUUGACAACAACUCCUCCAACAAUUCUAACUCCAGUAAUGGGGACUCAGAUUCCAACAGGCAAAGCGUCUCAGAAUGCAAAGUAUGGCGAAAUCCACUAAAUUUAUUUAGGGGUGCUGAAUAUAAUCGGUACACGUGGGUGACUGGACGAGAGCCUCUGACUUACUAUGACAUGAACCUCUCUGCCCAGGACCACCAGACAUUCUUUACUUGUGACUCGGACCAUCUGCGUCCUGCAGAUGCAAUAAUGCAGAAAGCCUGGAGAGAGAGAAACCCCCAAGCUAGGAUUUCUGCAGCCCAUGAAGCCUUAGAGAUAAAUGAAAUUAGGUCCAGAGUUGAAGUUCCCCUAAUUGCUUCCUCUACCAUCUGGGAGAUAAAAUUAUUACCAAAGUGUGCAACUGCUUAUAUUCUCUUGGCUGAAGAAGAAGCAACAACCAUUGCUGAAGCAGAAAAGCUGUUUAAGCAGGCCCUGAAAGCUGGAGACGGCUGUUACCGGCGUUCUCAGCAGCUACAGCAUCAUGGAUCCCAGUAUGAAGCCCAACAUAGACGAGACACCAAUGUCUUGGUCUACAUCAAAAGAAGGCUAGCAAUGUGUGCCAGAAGACUCGGGAGGACCAGAGAAGCAGUGAAAAUGAUGAGAGAUUUAAUGAAGGAGUUCCCUCUCCUGAGCAUGUUCAACAUCCAUGAAAACCUUUUAGAAGCCCUUCUGGAACUACAAGCAUAUGCUGAUGUUCAGGCGGUCUUAGCAAAGUAUGAUGAUAUAAGCUUACCAAAGUCGGCAACGAUAUGCUACACAGCAGCCUUGCUCAAAGCGAGAGCUGUCUCUGACAAAUUCUCUCCCGAGGCUGCAUCUCGGCGGGGGCUGAGCACGGCAGAGAUGAAUGCAGUAGAGGCCAUUCAUAGAGCUGUGGAAUUCAAUCCUCAUGUGCCAAAAUACCUACUAGAAAUGAAAAGCUUAAUUCUGCCCCCAGAACAUAUCCUGAAGAGAGGGGACAGUGAAGCAAUAGCAUAUGCAUUCUUUCAUCUGGCACACUGGAAGAGGGUAGAAGGGGCUUUGAAUCUUCUGCAUUGUACGUGGGAAGGCACUUUUCGGAUGAUCCCUUAUCCCUUGGAAAAGGGGCAUCUAUUUUAUCCUUACCCCAUCUGUACAGAAACAGCAGAUCGUGAGCUGCUUCCAUCUUUCCAUGAAGUCUCAGUUUACCCAAAAAAGGAGCUUCCCUUCUUUAUCCUCUUCACUGCUGGAUUGUGUUCCUUCACAGCCAUGCUGGCCCUCCUGACACAUCAGUUCCCGGAACUCAUGGGGGUCUUUGCGAAAGCUAUGAUUGACAUUUUCUGCUCGGCAGAGUUCAGGGACUGGAAUUGCAAGAGUAUUUUCAUGCGUGUUGAAGAUGAACUGGAAAUCCCACCGGCACCUCAAUCUCAUCAUUUUCAAAACUGAACUCAUCACCCUUCUUCCCCCACCACCACAACUGCUCCUUCUCCUGUAUUCCUGAUCUCCGCCAGUGGCACUGAUAUCCACCCAGUUACUCAAGCCAGAAACUCAGCAGCCCUCCCAAACUCUUCCCUCUCUCACUCCUUAUAUCCUGUCUGUCUUGGCUUUCACAGUCUGUCGGCUCUAACCUCCUGAGCCACUAGGCAUUCGGUAAAUGGAAUUCACCUCUUCUUCUCCCAUGGCUGUCUCUUAGUUUGGAUCUUUGUGAUUUCUUGCCUGGACACCUGCAAGAGUCUUAACUGGUCUCCUUGCUUCCAGUCUUAUCCUCUGCCAGUAUUUCUUUCAUACUGACAAAAGAAUGAUCUUUCUAAAUUGCAAGUCUGAGCAUGUCACUUCCCUGCUUGAAUUUCUUCAGUAGUUUCCCACCAGCAUCAGGAUAAAGUCCCAGAUCUUUAGCAUGGCAUACAGGGUCCUUUAUGAUCUGGCCCUUGCUUUCCUCUUCAGCCCCAUCUCUCUCCCAACUCUUGCACAGACACUGGUCUUGGGCCACAGUGAAUUGCUCACCAUUCCCAGAUGCUUUUGUGAGCCUCGGUGCCUUUGCACGUACUGUUUGCUCUGCAUGGAAUGCCCUUCCCCAUUAUCAUCAGCACUUGUACAGUCUACUAACGCCUCUUCAUUCUUUUAUACUCAGCUUCCUUUCUAAGUUUCUCCCAAGCUGAGUUAGAUGUUUCUCCUCUCAGCUCCCACAGUAUUCCAUGAAUACCUAUAUUACGUUUAUUGUACUGUAUUAUAAUUGUUAAAAACUUGUCUGACCCCCUUGUAGAAUGUGAGCUCUUUGCGAGCAGGACUGUGUCUUUCUCAUCUCUGUAUCCCCAAAGCUUUGCACAGUGCCUUGCACAUAGUAGGUUUUCAAUAAAUGAUUAUUAAAUAAAUAAAUGGUAGUGGUUUCUGCAGAAAGAAUCAGUGUAAAAAAUUAGAUACAGCUUAGCAUUUCUUCUCUUCUUUUAUAAUUAUGAUCACAGACAGAGUUGAAAGGGACCUUAAACUGCCUUCAACAGUAACUUGAUGAAGGUCAUUUAGACUCAUCUGGAAUACUUUUAGCGAUGGAGUGUUCACCUGUUCAACAUGGAAGCCCAUUUCCAUACUGGAUCACUCAGAACUCUUCUUGAUACUGAUAAAAUCUGCCUUCCUUUAAUUUCCACUUAUUUCCUAUUCUACUCUCCAAAACUAUAGUGAACAACUCUACUUCCUCUUGCAAUUUCUUGAGGCAACUAAUAUAUUCAUGGCCACCUCUCACCUCUAACUUACUACCUUCUCUUUUCUUCAGGCAGAAUGUCUCCAAUUUCCUUAAGUCUUCUGUACAUGAUAUGAUUCCUGAACCCAGUAUCACCCAAGCUGCCUCCUUAGAUGCUCCCUAGUUUAUGGGCCUAUGCUAUUCAUUAUUUGCUUCUAUUCCCAAGCCAACCUUUGAGUUAAAGCAGUUACCAAAAGUCUGACUAGAUUAGAGUGUCAUGUAGUAAAAUUUAAAAUAAGAAUACAUUUACAACAUUAGUCAAUGUCAUUCUUCAUUGAACUAACAAGCAGCUCUUGGUGGGAAUUUAGGAUCAGGACAGUGAUUCUCAGCCCCUAGUGUGCACAAAAUUCACCUGGCCCUACCACCGGAAGUUCAGAGCCUUGAGUGUUAGCACCCGGGAAUCUGCGUUUUUAAACAAGCCCCGCCCCCCCCCCCACCGAUUCUAAGGAUGGGGGUUGAGGACCAUUUCCUUCAAAGAACACUGGUCUCAAAAAAGCCAGCCUUUGAGCAGCCGUUUGCAGGUGCAUGGUGCGAAGUCAGAGCUGUUGAGGUGACAGGUUUCUAGGAACCAGCAGUUUCACCCCGGCUGCUCCUUGAAAUCAUCUAGGGAGCUUAAAAAUUACAGGUGCCUGAUCUCCCAACCCUGGGGACUCUGACUUAGUUGGUCUGGGAUGCAGCCUGGGCAUCUGAGUUUUCAGAUGCCCCCCUAGUGAUUUGGGUGUGCAGCCAGGGCUGAGAGCCCCUGUACUGAAUAAAGUAACUGCCUGAAACUGCGUCGCCCAGGGAGAGGGCUGGGAGGAAUGGAGGGUAGUACAUAGAAUACGGCUGGGUGUUCUCUAGGUAAGGCUGUGUAGCCUCCAGAAUAUCACAGAGAUGUGUUCGUUAUGGAUAUUAGACCAAGGGCCACUCUCCUCAUUUAAUGUUCCCAAAGCUUUGUUUUUGAGUCAAGGACCAGAUGAUUAAAUAAAAUAUAAAUUUACCUUUAUGGUCUUCGUAUUUUAUACUCUACCAAGGUGUGGUAGUUUGGUCAGCUACUCAGAGUUUUCGAAAGUAGUUUAGAUAAAUUUGCUUUUAAACCUCUGUCUGGAGGAUCACAUUCAUCUUGCCCUUCAUUAAGGUUUAGCAGUACUAAAACGUCUGGAGAGAUUUCAUGGGGAAGGAAGAUGGAUGGCCUGAAGGAGACAAGCCCCAUCUCCCUCCUCCUUCCCCCCACUGCUCCGGAGUCUUCUCCACAUUUUCACUCUUGUCACUUCAUCAGGCCCCUGGUGAAGCCCCCCGCAGGUUAUCACAGCUGCCCUAUAGGCUGCCUGCAGCCAUUUGCAGCUUGUGAAAAUGAUUUUCUCAGACCUCGCCUGAGAUAAUGUCCCUGGGAUAAUGACUCAGUAGAUGGAGAGAGAUUGCACUGCCACCCGCCAGGCUGCGUGCAGCUUGGGAACUCUCCAGUGUGUUUACAUGUUGAUAUGCAGCCAGUAAGGAAGCCCGCAGCCAAGUGUGAGCCACUGGAAAAUAGUAAAAUGAGAGGCUUCAACUCUCUCCGCCUAAUCUAAUCUACCUCAAUGACUUAGGACUAACUCUUCCUAGAAUGUUUGGUUACCAAGAUAAGGUUGCUCAUAUAAAUAAGUGAUCAUUCCAAACCCAGCCCCUCACAGAAUGUGGGAAGGUCAGCAUGCUGACCUCUUCUGUUUGAAGGGCCCUGUCUUUCCUCCUCUGGUCUCUCUCCUUCCCUGAGAUCCAGCCCCCUGACUUCUGACUCUUGUCUUCAACUUAUGCGCCCUGACCUCUUUGAAGUCUGAUAUUGAUUACAGUGAAAUGUCAAUUGUCUGAUUGCAGUAGGGCACCUGGAACUUAUUCAGAUAAGCAGAGGCGUUUCAAACGUUAACGAAGCACGUUGCGAGCCAUGACCUUCUUCUACAUAACGGUGUUUCGGGGAAAAGGAGGAUCGGGCGACUGAAGUGUUGCUCUCUCUUUUUUAUUAGUUCAGUUGCUUUUUCUCACCACAAGACACUGAUUGAAUUAUGGUGCAUUUUGGACCGUGUAUGUCUGCCCCCAGGACAGAAGUUUUGGACAUUGAGACAGAUGAGCUGUUCCAGGGUUGCCUGGUGUUGCUCAUUCAGACUUAACUUUUCAGGCAAUAAAAUUUCCCAAGUCCCUAAGUGAAACUGUUGUUUCUCUAUGUGCAUUGGUUGAGUCUUCAGCCAAAAAGUGUUGACUGAUAUUCAGUCGUGCAAAGAAGCAUCCUAAGUAAGCAAAGCAUGUUCCACCAAACGUUUUUUGUUUAAUGCCUCCUGAUGAAAGCCACUGACCUUUGGUUACUAAAUGAAAAGGGCUUAAGGGUUCCAGGCACCCCAUUACAUUUUGCUGCUUCUUCCUUGUGGGCGAGGGUUGGGGAGGAGGUCUUGGAGAGCGCUGCUAAGGAGGAAGGUAACCUAGCAACAAAGGGUGCUCAUCGCAACUGGGGUGCUGUGAGAGAAUUAGGAUCUCUAGGAAAGCGUUCAAGGCAUUCUCUUCUCGAUUGUCCCAAGGAUAGAACAUUCUAGAUACGAGAGAGAGCAGUAAAUGAUCACAUACAUGGGAGGUAUUAGGAGUUAAUUCUCUUGUGGAACCUGGUCGAGAAGCACAGGUGUGUCCAGGGGGCCAGGGCUCACUGCAUCUUGCUGCGCAGGGUGGAAAGAGGGGCAUUUACAGACCACAAACUGGGCGAGGCCUGCCACUUAAUUUCCAGAGGCCUCCCUUUUACGCUUUUUAUCCAAGUCAGGUCAGUGACCAAAACUAAGCAAAUAGACGGGCCUUUAUUUUGAACCAGCUUUGUAACAACAUCUCCAUUCAUUCUGCUACCCAAGCUGAGGCUCCCUGGUGUCCCCCCGUUUAGUGUAUGAAGUCGCCCAGGGUGUAGACUUUGAGCGAUUCCUAUCAUCUAACCACACUGGCUCACGCUAAUGCAUCACUUGUUCCCACCUCAGUCACAACUUCGGUGGUUAUAAGUCUGUUUGGGAUUAGGUUUGCAGGAUAUGAUAACUUCACCAGCAAAAUCACCUUGUUCAGUGGGCCUCAUCUUCCUGCCCCUGUCAGCAUCCUCGGUUCAUCCAGACUGCUUUAGCACCUAGCUCCUCUUAAUGGAGCUGAGUAUUACAGGCAAAUGCCGUGUGUUAUGGAGCCUUGACAAUCUCUGAUUACAAACAAAUGGAUAAAUGUUAUGUGUAAAUAUUUUUAAUUCUACAGUGUUAUCAUGUCGGUCUGAUACAAUCAGUAGACUUGUUCCAUGUCAUCCUCUCAGAACUAGGAUUUUACAAACUCUUUCGGGGCAGCUCGGGCAGUAAUUACUCAUUCCUGGGCCUAGUAUCUCCCACAAUGCCUUCCAACCGCAUCCAGCUCUAAACUGAGAAGGACAGGCAGUCCAUUAAGUAGGGUGAGCAUCCCAUGUGGUACUGUGCACCCAACCAAGGAUAAUUUCAGAAGGUUGCCAGGCAUUGCCCUGUAUCUAACACCCACUUGAGGAAAGAGCCAUCCUACCUUCACUCAAGUACUAACGUGGCUGCCUUUUUCUUAACUGCAAGUUCCUUAGCAGCCUGGCACUCAAGGCCCUCCCCAGAGUUAUGCUAGUUGCUUUUGAACUCUACCUCCAUCUCUUCUAGUCAUACCAGCUGCUUUCCCCACUCUGUUCCAGCUGUUUAUUGAGCCUGGAAGGCCCACCUGCUCACAUGUCUUUCCUUACCAUUCUUACCCCAUCUCUGUCUUUUCAUACCCCAGCCAUCCACUGGGGACUAUUUCAGUCACCUCAUUUUCAGUUUUUCCUGUUCCUUUCGACAAAAUGGAUUCUCUCCCUUUCCCAAACCUUCCUGGUGCUUUGUUUGUGCGUCUAUCUUCUACUCUGUCAUGGUCUACCUGGUAUUGUUACUUUGCUGGGUACAGGUCUUAGUGGCUCCCUUCCCCAACCCCUAGGCUUUGAGCUUCCUGACAGUGGGACUUUUGUCCUAGACGCUUUUAUAUCUCACCCAGUACUUAAGUGCCUUACUGAGUAAAUAUAUUCAAUUGAUGUAAAAGAUGCAGUACAGAGAAGGGUUCCGAACCUUAUACUCUCUCGAGUUUUCGUUACACAAAUCUCGCACUUGAUGGUCCUGCCAUAAUGUGGUACAGGCCUUCCCAGUUUGCAUUCUACUGGUUCUUUAAAAAAAAAAAGAAGAAGAAGAAGAAGAAGGACAGAUUCUGAGGUCAUGUAAAUUUGGGAAACUUGCCUACCAUACCCCUUCUCGAGGACCCGCAAUCCAUAGAACAUAUGACCAGUAGAGGAGACUGUUUCAACUUCACUACAUUCAGGUCUACUAAUUUGUCUGGCCUCAGACGAUGUUCCCCCUCUGCGUAUGUACUCAUGUCCUACAGCACACUUCUGUGGGAAAUUCUUGGUGGUGUAGACUGUGCUGUGCUAUGGGCAAGGGAUUGGGACAAAGGACUCCACCGUACAAGAACCAGACAUUGAACCCUAGUGAGACGAUACCUUGGUUCUGAACAGAGAGCAAGGAAACCCAUCCAAACGCCCGUCUUGUGCCUGAUUGGGUUAGGGCACCUCUUCUGCCAGACGCUGGAUGGCUUGUGGAGGGAGGCUGAUUCUUCACGAGAACAUAAUCAGAACAGACUUGAGAUUAUGUUAAAUGAGUCUCAGGCAAGGCGCCUGACUUUCCUAAAAGGCACAGAUAAUAAGCAUUAUUCUCUACAUGAAAAACAGAAAGGAAUUCAGUAACCAAACGAAAGAGAUCCCAAAGCUCUCCUCAGAGCAGCACCUUUUCCACAAGGACGUGUCGUCCAUGGACUGGCCAGCUUGCUGCCCUCCCCAAGGCUCCCGUGAUGCUCACCACUAAGCAGGUAGUUCAGAAAAGAACAUGGGCUGCAGGUGUUUGGGAGACAAUAGGAUUCCAAAGCAAUUCACAACCAUACGACAAACUGGACUUUUUUUUUCUGUUGUUGCCUUUUCCACUUAAAGCUCUAUAACUAGGCAAGCAGGUGGAGAAGUUGUCACCAUUUUUUUAACUCUUCUGCUCACUUGCCACCCAUCUGUCAGUCCCUUUUGAUGGCACUGGUCAUCUCCAUGGGCAGCCCUCAGAUCCUGAAGGCUGGUUGGAAGGCCUCAGAACUGUGGGCAGCUGUCAGAGGAGUGAAGGGCCUGUCAGCCAACACUUCUCCCCCUCAUCCAUCAGAGCCAGGGGGGUGGAUGCAGAAGCUGGAAUGUAGGUUUGUUCGUCAACCAAUGUUUCCUGCGAACAUAAAUAUGAAAUCUUAGCCUUUGGAAGCUUUUUAUAAUGCAGAGACGUAAGAUGAAAGCAUGAGUUGGAGAGGUUCGUUUUGAUGUCUUGAACAAGAUUUCUCCUGACUUCUGCGC